GAGGAGGCUGAGGAACCAGUCCAGGAGAGGGAUGACGGCGGCUUGGACCAGGAUGGCAGCAGGGGAAGUGGAGAGAAGCAGAAACUCCAGCUGUCACCUCGGACGCAUCCGUAACCGAUGCCAAGGCCCUGAGCAGCAGAGGGCCGGCAACAAGCAAGUGUCCCCAGGUGUCCCGCGAGCACUGUGCUCUGUCACUGCAGCCACUGCCGUCACCGGGGAGGAAGCUGCUCGGACACCACUGCCAUGCCAGCCACCAACCAGGGCUGGCCCGAGGACUUCGGCUUCCGGCUGGGCGGCUCGGGUCCCUGCUUCGUCCUGGAGGUGGUCGAAGGGAGCAGCGCACACACCGGGGGUCUGCGGCCCGGGGACCAGAUCCUGGAGGUGGAGGGGCUGGCCGUGGGCGGCCUGAGCCGCGAGCGCCUCGUGCGCCUGGCCCGGCGCUGCCCGCGGGUGCCGCCCAGCCUGGGCGUGCUCCCCGGCUCCGAUGGCGGCCCCGGCGCGGGAUCCGGCUGUGCACCCCUGACCACAGUCUCGCGGGCCCCUCGAUCUGGCCGCGGCCUCUCUCUGGGCCGAGAGCUGCUACGCCUGACCGGCCGCAAACGCCCCGACGCCGUGCACCGAGAGCGCAGGCGCAAAGCCCAGGAGUUCAGCCGCAAGGUGGAUGAAAUCUUGGGGGACCAGCCGAUGACCAAGGAGCGGGUGUUCGCUGCUCUCAAGCAGUUCGCGGCUGAGCAGCGGGUAGAUGAGCUGGUGUGGGCGCUCACCCUGGUGCUGCCCCUCGAGGCCCGUGGGCCCCUCCUGGAGAACCUCAGGAUCUUCAUCCCCAAGAAGCACCGGGCGCGCUUCGACGAGGUCGUGUCUCAGGGUCUGCUGGGCAAGCUAUGCCGCGCCCGGCGGGCUCAGGGCGCGCAGCGGCUGCGCCGGAGCCGCAGCGAGGAGCGGCCGGAGCGCCUCCUGGUGUCCACGCGCGCCAGCGCCGCCCCGCGCCGCCCCGACGAGCCUCCCCAGCGCAAGGCCGCCUCUCUGCUCGGCAGCCGCGCCGGCCCCGGGGGCGCGCGCAGGACGGUCCGAGUCUACAAGGGCAACAAGAGCUUCGGCUUCACGCUUCGCGGCCACGGACCUGUCUGGAUCGAGUCUGUGCUGCCUGGGAGCCCGGCUGACAACGCUUCCCUCAAAUCGGGCGACCGGAUCCUCUUCCUCAACGGACUAGACAUGAGGAACUGCUCCCACGACAAGGUGGUGUCCAUGCUGCAGGGCAGUGGUGCAAUGCCCACGCUGGUGGUGGAGGAGGGGCUCGUCCCGUUCGCCAGUGACUCCGACUCGAUGGAUUCUCCCAACCCGUCAUCGGCGCUCACCUCCCUGCAGUGGGUGGCGGAGAUCCUGCCGUCCAGCAUCCGGGUGCAGGGGAGGACCUUCAGCCAGCAGCUGGAGCACCUGCUCACGCCCCCCGAGCGCUAUGGGGUCUGCCGGGCCCUUGAGAGCUUCUUCCAGCACAGGAACAUCGACACCCUGAUCGUCGAUGUCUACCCGGUGCUGGACACACCCGCCAAGCAGGUCCUCUGGCAGUUCAUCUACCAGCUGCUCACUUACGAGGAGCAGGAGCUCUGCCAGGAGAAAAUCGCAUGCUUUCUGGGCUACACGGCCAUGACAGCAGAGCCAGAGUCCACACUGGACCUGGAGCCCGAGCCCGAGCCGGAGCCGGAACCAGAGCCCGAGCCCCAGCCGCGGAGCUCCCUGAGGGCCUCCUCCGUGUGCCGCCGCAGCCUCCGGUCCCAAGGCCUGGAGGCCAGCCUCAGCUGUGGGCCCAGCGACUGCCCGGAGAUGCCCCUUCCUCUGAUCCCAGGCGAGCGCCAGGCGGGCGACGGCACAUCCCUCCCCGAGACCCCCAACCCCAAGAUGAUGUCGGCUGUCUACGCAGAGCUUGAGUCCCGGCUGAGCAGCAGCUUCAAAGGGAAGAUGGGGACCACCUCCAGAUCCCGUGCCUCCCCACCAGUGCCCAGCACGGCAGGCACGGCAGGGCCCAGGACCCUGUCCAGCGUCUCGUGGCCCAGCGAGCGGCUCCUGCCCUCCCCCUGCUACUACCCGCUGUGCUCAGAGGGCCUGGCCUCCCCCAGCAGCUGUGAGUCCCACCCCUACGCCAGCUUGGACAGCAGCAGGGCGCCCUCCCCACAGCUGGGCCCCGGGCCCCUCCGCUCCAGCAGCACCCCCAGCCCGGACCCCGGCCGCCCGCCCAGCCGCAGGAAGCUCUUCACCUUCGCCCGCCCUGUGCCAAGCCGGGAUACUGACCGCUUCCUGGAUGCACUGAGUGAGCAGCUGGGGCCCCGGGUCACCAUCGUGGAUGAUUUCCUGAGCCCUGAGAAUGACUACGAAGAGAUGAGCUUCCACGACGACCAAGGCAGCUUCGUCACCAAUGAGAGGAGCAGUGCCAGCGAGUGCGUCAGCAGCAGUGAGGAGGGCAGCUCCCUGACCUACUCCUCCAUCUCCGACCACAUCCCCCCGCCCCCAAUCAGCCCCCCGCCACCACCACCCCUGCCCUUCCAUGACCCCAAGCCCAGCUCCCGCACCCCUGAUGGCCCCUGGGGCCCCGCUCCGACGCUGGCCAAGCCCCUCACCCAACUCAGCCACCCAGCCCCUCCACCACCCCCGCCACCCCUGCCCCCCCCUGUGCCCUGUGCGCCCCCCAUGCUGUCCCGGGGCCUGGGCCACCGCCGCAGUGAGACCAGCCACAUGAGCGUCAAGCGCCUGCGGUGGGAGCAGGUGGAGAACUCAGAAGGCACCAUCUGGGGACAGCUCGGGGAAGACUCUGACUAUGAUAAGCUGAGCGACAUGGUGAAGUACCUCGACCUGGAGCUCCACUUUGGCACCCAGAAACCUGCUAAGCCGGUGCCCGGGCCUGAGCCCUUCAGGAAGAAGGAGGUGGUGGAGAUCCUGUCCCACAAGAAGGCCUACAACACCUCCAUCCUGCUGGCGCACCUGAAGCUGAGCCCGGCCGAGCUGCGGCAGGUGCUAAUGAGCAUGGAGCCCCGGCGCCUGGAGCCCGCGCACCUGGCGCAACUGCUGCUCUUCGCGCCCGACGCCGACGAGGAGCAGCGCUACCAGGCCUUCCGCGAGGCGCCAGGCCGCCUCAGCGAGCCCGACCAGUUCGUCCUGCAGAUGCUGUCGGUUCCCGAGUACAAGACCCGCCUGCGCAGCCUCCACUUCCAGGCCACCCUACAGGAGAAGACAGAAGAGAUCCGGGGAAGCCUGGAGUGCUUGCGCCAGGCCUCCCUCGAGCUCAAGAACAGCCGGAAGCUCGCCAAGAUCCUGGAGUUUGUGUUGGCCAUGGGCAACUAUCUCAACGAUGGACAGCCCCAAACCAACAAGACCACGGGCUUCAAGAUCAACUUCCUGACGGAGCUGAACUCCACCAAGACGGUGGAUGGGAAGUCCACCUUCCUGCACAUCCUUGCCAAAUCGCUGAGCCAGCACUUCCCCGAACUCCUGGGCUUUGCUCAGGACCUGCCCACCGUGCCCCUGGCUGCCAAAGUGAACCAACGGGCCCUGACCGGUGACCUGGCUGACCUCCAUGGCACUAUCAGCGAGAUACAGGCCGCCUGCCAGAGCGUGUCCCCCGCCAGCGAGGACAAGUUUGCCGUGGUCAUGGCGUCCUUCCUGGAGACAGCCCAGCCGGUGCUGCGGGCGCUGGACGGGCUGCAGCGGGAGGCCAUGGAUGAGCUGGGCAAGGCGCUGGCUUUCUUCGGUGAAGAUUCCAAAGCCACCACUUCCGAGGCUUUUUUCGGCAUCUUUGCGGAGUUCAUGAGCAAGUUCGAGCGAGCGCUCGGCGACCUGCAGGCUGGGGAGGGCACGCGCGGCUCUGGGAUGGUUUCGCCCCUCUCCUGGUGACGGCGGCGGCCUCGCGUCCUCGGCGGCCCGAGCGCGGAGCGGACGCCGCCGGCGUGGCUCGGAGCGGCCCGGGUACGGGAGUGGGGCCCAGCCACGCGCGCAUCUCCCGCUAGCUCAGCCGUCGAGCUCCGGCCGCCCUCGAAGGUGCGGGGACCCCUUCUCGGGGCCGAGCCCGGGGCUCCGAGGGUUGGGAGCGCGGGGCCGGAGCCGGCACGCCGACUCCCCGGGACG